AUGUGCUUUAAUAAGGAGUGGUCCUUAGCCUUCACGCUCACAAGCUGUGGUUUGGGAGCUUGGGUUAUGACAGGUAAGGGUAUCUGGAAAUCCCUUGCAAUGUGGCAACGUUGUAGAAUCACAGCUUGCUUCCUUUUCUUUGCAGCUAUGGAGAUACUCCAAUUCUUCCAGUAUCUUGUUAUCAAUGACUGUGACUCUAUGGUCAAUAUUGUCUUAACAGCUCUUGGUUACAUCCACAUUUGCUGGCAACCAAUCUUUUCUAACCUUGCUCUCUCUGCUCUCGAUGUCAACAACUUCAACAAGGAGCGUGAGAUCUUAUGGCAGUUCGUUUUGAAGUUCGGUUUCGCUGCUGGACUUUUCAUGUCACUCAGAAUCCUCAUCCCAGCCUUCGCCAACAUUCCAGAAAACUUCAUCUUCAAGCCAUGCUCCUCCUAUGAAGGUCUUUGCGGCGAAAAGAUGUGCACAACAAACGGAAUUUAUCAUCUUAAGUGGACAUUCAAGCUUUUGAAGUCCUCUUACUAUUUCCCGAACACAGCUGCUCACUUCCUCUUCAUGUUCGUUGCUCCAUUCGUUCUUGGCCUUAGAUGGCAGUCAAUUGUUUUGUUCUUGACUGGACCAUUCAUUGCUACCCUCUUCAGAGGCGGUGUUUCCGAUGGUGAGCGCUCUGCCAUCUGGUGCUUCUUCUCAAUCUGCGAAUCAUUCAUCACAAUCAUUACAGCAUAUUAUGCUUGCAAGGUCCAGCUUAAGGAUUCCAUGAAGAAGAAGAAUGCUUAA